GACGAGAGAUGGUAGAGAUCUCGUUGGUGAGCACGAACUGGAAGCAAGCAUUAUUAGAGGCAACCAGACUGUUGAGCAGCUCUGAUACGAACUAAUUUGGGCCUGCUGGGCAUCGGGAAAGGUGGGGAUGCCAGUUGACAUGGUAGUUCCAGCAAUGCCCAGUGAAGAAAUGUCCCAAUUUCAGCGACGCAAGGAACCGUCCGUGUGGGAUAAAAGUCAGAUGGGCGCCGUCAUGGGUGCUGGCGUCGGUCUGACCAUCGGUUUCAUCUUUGGGUCAUGGAGCAUCUUCCGGUAUGGAGCAGGGACUCGAGGCACACUCUCCACACUCUCGAUGUACAUGUUGAACAGUGCGGCAACAUUUUCCUUCUUCCUUUCCAUUGGAUCUGUCAUUCGUAAUGACUCUGCGAUUCCGCCUCACCUGGAAGCUCAACUUACGGCUCCAGUUAUGAUGCUUCGUUCCCGGAACGAGGGUUUGCAGAUGAUGAAGGCGCGAUGGGAGGAAGAAUGCAGGCGCAAAAAUAACGCUUGAAUGGCUUAUAUUUUUGUCCGUCUCGGUCCACAAAUCUUCUUGUAUGGGUCAAACUAUGUACAUAUAUGCGUAUAGUACAUAUAUUCUGAAGUUUCUUGCCCUCGAAGCUCC